UUGCCCUUGGCCGUAACCAGCCCCUGAAGAAGGAGAAGCCCAAAUGGAAGAGUGACUACCCCAUGACGGACGGGCAACUGCGCAGCAAGAGGGAUGAGUUCUGGGACACAGCUCCAGCCUUUGAGGGCCGCAAGGAGAUCUGGGAUGCCCUCAAGGCUGCGGCUCACGCCUUCGAGAGCAACGACCACGAGCUGGCACAGGCAAUCAUCGAUGGGGCAAACAUAACACUACCACAUGGUGCUCUUACUGAGUGUUACGAUGAGCUGGGCAACCGCUACCAACUCCCUGUCUACUGCCUCGCCCCACCUAUCAACAUGAUAGAGGAGAAGGGUGACCUGGAGACUCUGGAUAUCCCUGAUCCCCCUCCAAAUUCCGGGCAUGAGUGCCAGCUCCGGCUCCGGCUGUCCACAGGCAAAGACCUGAGACUGGUGGUUCGCAGCAUGGACACUGUGUACCACAUGAAGCGGCGGCUGCACGCGGCCGAGGGUGUGGAGCCCAACAGCCAGCGCUGGUUCUUCUCAGGAAGGCCCUUGGCAGACAAAAUGAAACUGGAGGAGCUGAAAAUCCCAAAGGACUACGUGGUGCAAGUGAUUGUGAGCCAGCCCUUAGCAAAUCCCACCCCAGUGGAGAACUGAGUGCUGUUUGGGUCUUCAAGGCUUCUUCUCUUCAUCUUCUGGCAUGGGGUUUGUUCUCACUGCCCUCUUGGUCUUUUUGGGGUUGUCCUGCUAAUGGAUUGAUGCCAGGAAAUGACCAGCAAAAAUUCCAUCUGUGAUGGAGAGCUGCAAAACC